AGUCCCGCGGCGAAGAUGCUGAAAGUCACGGUGCCCUCCUGUUCCUCGUCCUGCUCCUCGGUCACCGCCAGUGCCCCAGGGUCUGGGAACCUCGUCCCGGAUUACUGGAUCGACGGCUCCAACCGGGAUCCUCUGAGCAAUUUCUUCGAGGUGGAGUCAGAGCUGGGACGGGGUGCUACAUCCAUUGUGUACAGAUGCAAACAGAAGGGGACCCAGAAGCCCUAUGCUCUCAAAGUGUUAAAGAAAACAGUGGACAAAAAGAUUGUCAGAACUGAGAUAGGAGUUCUGCUGCGCCUCUCACACCCGAACAUCAUAAAACUUAAGGAAAUAUUUGAAACCCCCAUGGAAAUCAGCCUGGUCCUUGAGCUCGUCACGGGAGGAGAACUGUUUGACAGGAUUGUGGAAAAGGGAUAUUACAGCGAGCGUGACGCUGCAGACGCCGUGAAGCAAAUCCUGGAGGCCGUGGCUUACCUGCAUGAGAAUGGGAUUGUCCAUCGUGAUCUCAAACCAGAGAAUCUUCUCUACGCAACUCCAGCCCCAGAUGCACCUCUCAAAAUUGCUGAUUUUGGACUUUCUAAAAUUGUGGAACACCAAGUGCUCAUGAAGACAGUGUGUGGAACCCCGGGAUACUGCGCACCUGAGAUUCUCCGAGGCUGUGCCUAUGGACCCGAAGUGGACAUGUGGUCUGUAGGAAUAAUCACCUACAUCUUACUUUGUGGAUUUGAACCAUUCUAUGACGAAAGAGGCGACCAGUUCAUGUUCAGGAGAAUUCUGAAUUGUGAAUAUUACUUUAUCUCCCCUUGGUGGGAUGAAGUAUCUCUAAAUGCCAAGGACUUGGUCAGAAAACUAAUUGUUUUGGAUCCCAAGAAACGACUGACUACGUUUCAAGCCCUCCAGCACCCAUGGGUCACAGGGAAAGCAGCCAACUUUGUACACAUGGACACUGCUCAGAAGAAGCUCCAAGAAUUCAAUGCUCGGCGCAAGCUUAAGGCAGCAGUGAAGGCUGUGGUGGCCUCUUCUCGACUGGGAAGUGCCAGCAGCAGUCACAGCAGCAUCCAGGAGAGCCACAAGGCCAGCGCAGAUCCAUCUCCAACCGACGAUGGUACUGACAGCACAGCUGUUCUGGGAAAGAAGAUGCAAGAAGGAGACCAGGUGGCAGCUGAGGGCACAGAAGCUGAGAUAACGACACCGCAGGCCGAGGGGCAGGAGAAAGAUGCAGAUGGGAGAAACGAAGAGGUCUCCAGGAUGGUGAUUCAGACGCUGGAGGAUGGCUUGAAGACAGGUGACCCCGCAAUGAAGAGGCGCUCGGGGGAGAAGCUGAAGACUGUGGGGGAAGAAAUGGACCCCAAAGCUGAGGAGGAAGACCCUGCUGCGGAAGCGCAGGAUGUGAUUCUGCCAGAGUACUAAUCUGGCUUCCUUUAGGUUCAGAGACCAAGCCAAGCAUUUGAUGUACUUUGUCCUUCAGCAAGGAAGGUGGGGGAGCAUGACAUACACUAUUGUGAUUCUGUUUCGAGGUGCAAAAAAAAAAAAAAAACAAAAAAACCCCAUAUAUACCAGUUGGUAAUCCUAAUUUCAGUGCAUGUGUUUACUUUAUGAAACAAUGAUGUCUUCUGCGGCAUGUAGUGGAGACAUGAUCCCCAUGAGUUAAAUCUGAAAUUUCCAGCAAACAGCACACUUUAAAACAAAAAUUCUUAGCCUUUUGGCGGCACGUAUUUGAAGUGAAAUGGAAAACUAAUUUUCCUUUGAGAGCUUAGGCACCCUAUACCUCCCAGAAGUCUUCAGAGAUGGCAAUUCCUUUGAACUCAACUCAAAUAAAGACACAUUCCCGUGACUUUCUGAACACUUCCAGUGGGUUCAGCUUGGCAUAUAAAAGAUACCUGGAGAGUGGCCAAAACCAUCUGCCAUGCUGAGACAUCAAAGCAUGAUGUCUUAGAAGACCAUGAGCCCACAGCCCCCUUAAGAGUGUGUAAAGAAUGUCUCAUUUUAUUAAGUAUGCUAUAUAAGAAUAUCCAAAAUGUUCAUCAUAAAAUUCUUCCAGUUUACAAUUCUUAGGAUAAUAUUAAACUGUGGUGUUUCUUUCUUUCACCUGUUUUUCACUAAAAUGCCCUAUCAGAUGUUUUAAACCUAGGUAAGAAUAAAGAAAUUUAAGUGUAAUGAUAUAUGAUGUGAACGUAGACAUACCAAGAUUAAUUCCUUUUUACUUUUCAUAUAAAUUUGCAUUUGUAAGCUUAUAUAAUACUUUGCGUAUAAGAACAUUUUUGUGGAUAUACUCUGCAAAUAACAAGUUCCAAGUUCUGGAAAAACCCACUGCAGAAAUUGGUGCCAAAAUGUCUGAAUAUA